AUGUCCUUCAAUGCUCAGGCUUCGAACAUUGAGAAAAUGCGAUCUCUUCCGGUACAUGCCUGGCGCAUGUUCCGUGCCCAGACACCAUGUUUUGCCCACGGUAACGUCCAGAUUGCUCCAUUUUAUCCCAUGAUACCAGAUAGCCAUGAGAACGAUACGUCACUCACUGCCUGUGCGCUUGCUAGUGAGGCGGAACCGCUCAAGGCAACUAUAGAUACGCACAAGGUACACCAACUACUGGUUGCCAACCGCGGCGAGAUUGCAAUUCGUAUAUUGCAAACGGCCAAGCGAUUGGGACUCUACACUGUUUCUGUUUACACACAGUCUGAUGCUACUUCUCCCCAUGUUCUACUGGCCGACGAGGCAGUAGCGUUACGUCCAGACGACUCCGAUCCUGUCUCCAACUCGCGCGGGUAUCUUGACGCAGAGACCAUUGUAGAGAUAUGCAAAGAACGAAACAUCACGCUCGUGCAUCCGGGAUAUGGUUUUCUGUCAGAAAAUGCACACUUUGCCAGGCUUCUCUCGGAUUCCGGAAUCACUUUUCUAGGUCCUCGUCCAGAGACAAUCCAGGCGAUGGGUCUGAAGCAUGAAGCUCGGAUGCUCGCUAUGGAGGUUGACGUCCCGCUCGUUCCGGGAUCUCAUGGUUUGCUUGAAAAUGUCGAGGACGCGGCAAAGAUAGCUGCUCUGAUUGGUUUUCCAGUCAUGCUCAAGUCUACCGCUGGUGGAGGUGGAAUGGGCCUCGCCGUAUGCCAGAACGAAGAGGAGCUGAGUACAAUGUUCACUGCUACUCGGGAUCGUGCGCAGGUAUCCUCUAUCUUCAGUGCACUUGUACCGUAA